UCCAUACUCUUGGUCAUACAGCGAAAUAUAGCACCAUGUCAAUGAAUCUCAACGCUGAACCUGAAUGGAACUGGCUUCAGGGUCGUACCGCUCUGAUCACUGGAGCGGCGAAUGGGUUAGGUAGAGGUAUGGCGAGGAAAUGGGCUGAGAGCGGAGCCUAUGUUGUCAUUGGAGACAUGGACGAAACGGCUGGCAGGAUUGUUCUCGAAGAAUUGCGUAGGAUCUCUGGCAAAGACAAACACCACUUUGUCAAGACCGACGUCACUUCUUGGGAAUCACAAGUGGCUCUCUUCAAAGAGGCCAUGGAAAAAUCGCCCGGCAAACAUCUGGACGUAGUCGUCGCGAACGCCGGGAUUGGAGAGUCUGACCCUGAGAUGUUCCUCCCCCAAGCCGAUCUUAAGCUCCGCAAGCCCAACGUCAAGACCAUCGACAUCGACCUGACCGGUGUCAUCUAUACCGCCCAUCUCGCUUACUGGGCGUUUGCGCAGCCGGCUCCUAAAGGCGACUCGCUAUCUUCCGGCUCUCCCCGACACCAUUCCCUUCUCCUGAUCGGCUCCAUGGCCUCUCUCAAGUACUCCUCUGAACCUAUGUACGCAGCUGCCAAGCACGGGGUACUCGGGCUCUUCCGAACAUUGCGACGUCCCCAUUACUUCCUGAAGUUCGACCGUAACAACCCAGAAUCCAGUAUCAAGAUCAAGCCCGGGCUCCUUUGCCCUUACUUUGUCGAUACCAACAUCAUCAAGAAGGAUGGGGUCAAGGCGUUACCCGACGAUGUGGAGCUUACCAAGAUCGAGGAGGUUGUUGAGGCCGCGAGUCGUAUCGUCCUCGACAAGGAAGGGGGGAAAGCUAUGAUGGUUUUGACCCACAGCAUGGCCAAGGUUAUGGGCAAGGGCAAGAACAAGGGGGGUAUUGUCGAGAUCGGAGGUCUGUCCGGAAAGUUGUAAAUUCGAUAUCUUGUAUGUAUCAGAGACGACAAAAUUUGGAACUACCAAAUAGUGAAUUAUCAUAGGGAUACCAGAACUCGA